UAUCAACUCUAUACUCUAUAGUCUAUACUUAAUAAUAGGUAUUAAAUACUUUAGUCUUAAUUCUUUAAAUUUAAUGUACUAAAGAAAAAGUGCAGUCGCAGUGUCACAGAAAUACAGAUAUAGAAUAGAUAAAUAUAAUCUGUCCUGUGAUAUAGUACCGCAUAGAAUACAGAUUAUUAUACAUAAUAUUUUAUAUCGGCUUACUAGUUUUUGGUAAUAUUUGUGUACAUAAGAUUAGGUUAUUGUCUUAUUGAUUAAGAUGAACCGCUUUUAAUAUUAUCCUCGUACAAGUCAUUUGAUAUCCUUCAUUAAAAAUAUGCAAAAAUACGAAAAACUAGAUAAGAUCGGAGAGGGCACUUACGGUACGGUGUUUAAAGCUAAAAACCGUGAAACUUUAGAGAUCGUUGCACUGAAACGCGUGAGACUUGAUGAUGAUGAUGAGGGUGUUCCUUCGUCGGCUUUGCGUGAAAUUUGUUUGCUGAAGGAGUUGAAACAUAAGAAUAUCGUUCGACUAUAUGAUGUACUUCAUAGUGAUAAAAAAUUGGUACUUGUCUUUGAGCACUGUGAUCAAGACUUGAAAAAGUAUUUUGAUAGUUUGAAUGGAGAAAUUGAUCCUAACGUUGUGAAAUCAUUCAUGUUCCAACUAUUACGUGGAUUAGCGUUUUGCCAUAGUCACAAUGUCUUGCAUCGAGAUCUUAAACCACAAAAUCUUUUAAUAAACAAGAACGGAGAAUUGAAACUAGCUGAUUUUGGUUUGGCUAGAGCAUUUGGAAUACCAGUUAAAUGUUAUUCUGCAGAAGUUGUUACUUUAUGGUACAGGCCUCCUGAUGUUCUAUUUGGUGCUAAACUUUACACUACAUCUAUUGAUAUGUGGUCUGCUGGAUGUAUAUUCGCUGAGUUAGCCAAUGCUGGAAGACCUUUAUUUCCUGGUUCAGAUGUAGAUGAUCAAUUGAAACGGAUAUUUAAACUGUUGGGAACACCAACUGAUGAAACAUGGCCUAACAUGACAAGUCUGCCAGAUUUUAAACCAAUGCCGAUGUAUCAGCCUAAUAUGACUCUUGUGCAGGUAGUACCUAAAUCAACGACUAAAAUGCGAGAUUUAUUACAAAGACUUCUAGUGUGCAAUCCAUCCCACAGAAUAUCAGCAGAACAAGCAAUGAGCCAUAUAUACUUUACAGACAUAAAUUUGUUACCAAAAUAAUUUAACAUUGCUUUUUAAUUUAGAAUUUUAAAUGCCAAUUAUAAUUAAAUGUGCAAUACAGUGCUAACAGUAAAAAUAAUAAUUUAAUUUCUGAAGUGUUAGUAUUAUGAAUCCAACUCACCAACUCAAGUAUAUAGUGUAUGUAAGAAUUAAUCUUUGUUACUUCUCAUGCCAUAACUGUUUUUUUUAUUCCAAUCUAAUUUUUGUCCUGUUCCAACCAGUUCUUAAUUUAUGAU